AUGGAGGUGAGGGAUGAUUUCAUGCUUUCACCAGCUGGUGACAGUAAACCAACUUUCAGAACUGCUCAUUUUCUCAAACCAAUUGCAAACUCCAUUGAAGAAUCAUCUUUCAAGUGUAACCCAUUUUCAAGUGUAACCCAUUUUGACCCAAAUGAAUGGCCUUUGAAAAUCCAUUUCAAUGGGUGGCGUUAUUCACAAACCAAAUGGCUUAAAUGGGUUGAUCAACUUCAACUGAGAUAUGAAACAGUGUGGAAGAAAGUUGGUAUCUUUGAAGCUAUAAUGAGCACAAAGUGUCGCAUAAAGAAAUAUCAUGACUUGCUAUAUGGUAUUGUUGAGAAAUGGUGUUCUGAGACAAAUACCUUUGUGUUUCCAUUUGGUGAGGCAACUAUCACUUUGGAAGAUGUCAUGGUUUUAGGGGGUUACCCUGUUGUUGGUGAUCCUGUUUUCAUUUCACUUCAAGACCAAGAAAUGAGAGAAGUUGAAGAGAAAUUGAUCCUUGCAAGACAACAACUUACUAAUAAAGGAGGUAAGGCUACAACAUCAUUAUGGAUGGAUAUUUUCAUUGAUAAAGGUAGUGAAAUUGAACAUGAAGCAUUUCUUGCUACUUGGUUGUCGGCUUUUGUUUUUCCUCAUAGAAUUUUGGUCAAAAGUUGUUUGUUUCCAAUUGCUAUUCAUCUUGCUAGAGGGAAUCCAAUUGCUUUGGCACCAGCUGUUUUAGCUAGCAUAUAUAGGGAUUUAACUUUGUUUAAGAAAACAAUAGCUGAUAGAUAUCCUCUAGAAGUUACUCUUUCAUCGCCCUUUUACUUGGUUCAAAUUUGGGUGUGGGAGAGGUUCAAAACCUUACAACCACAACCCUCGUUAAUCGACCAUGGAGACCCUUUGUUGUUUAGGUGGCGUAGGGUUAAAGAUUUCGAAAUUGACAAUGUUAGGUUGGCAUUAGACUCGGCUAAGGAUGAUUUUCAUUGGCGUCCAUAUGUUAGAUCUUCUGGUAUGUAUGGGAUGUUUUAUCCAAAUGAUGAAAAUUUGGUACCAUUUAAGAAGGAUUUGGAUAAACAAAUGCUCUCAUUCAUUAUAUGCUUAAGAGUUUCGGAGCUUGUCCGAUUUGACUCUAUAGAGAAAUAUCUUCCACAUAGAGUGGCAAUGCAAUUUGGAAUUGAUCAAGAUGUUCCAGGUUGUGUGCCUAGGUUCAGUGAGACUAAAGAGAUUGCUUGGAAAAACUACUGCAGGCCCAUGAUGGAUAAAGAUUUGUAUUUUCCAUCGAGAUUUUUUGAGGCUGAUGUUACCUCCCGUUAUUCAACGUGGUGGAAGCAAUCGGUAUUGAGCCAGUGUUGUUUAGGCUCUUCAGAAUAUCAUGGAAAGAUAUUACCACUGAAAAGGCCAAUUUCAGCAGCUAACAUUGAACCUACAAUAGAGAAUUUGGAGGAAGUUUUUGAAGAUGCACAUGGGAGCAAAGAAGCAAGGAUGUCUCAAGGUGAAAGCAAAAGAUUUUCUAUGAGAAAAAAAGUAACUGCUGUGCAGCAUGAUUUUCAGUUUCACUCUGAUAUGAUUGCUGAAGCAAAAGGUAAAGAAACAGUUGAAGAAAAAGAAAAAGAAAGAAAAGAAAGUGAUCAUGAAGUUGUGGUUUUGUUAAAAGAGCAAUCCUUGAAAAAUCAACAGGAACUCGCUCGUCUGGCCAAACAACAAGAAGAGAUCUUAAGGUUAAUGGAUUUGAGGGAGAAGCGGGAUGAAGAGUUGAGGCAACUCCUAACUAGUGUUCUAAGGAAUCAACAAACACCAUCAUCGGCUUCUUAA